AUGGCUUUUAAAUCACUCUUCUCUAAGCAUAAACUCCUAUCCUCUUACAUUUUCCCUCCUGUUCAACACAAGUUCAUUCAAUCUCUCCCAACCCCACAAAUUUCUACCCCAAUACUACCUGAACUUGUCAAUGAGAUAUCUCGUAUAGUCAGUGAUCACCGUCACCCUCACCAUGAUCUACACCUCUCUCUCACUCCAUUUUCAUCACAAGUUUCCACUGAUUUAGUUGAACAGGUUUUGAAAAGGUGCAACCACCUUGGCUUUUCAGCCCACAGAUUCUUCCUUUGGGCUAAAUCAAUUCCGGGUUUUGAACACAGUGUCGAAAGCUUCCGUAUUUUGGUAGAAAUAUUAGGAAGGUCUAAACAAUUUGCUAUACUUUGGGAUUUUCUUUUGGAAAUCAGAGAGUCUUCUAGUUGUGAAAUCACUCAUGAAAUUUUCUGGAUUAUUUUUACUGCGUAUAGCCGAGCUGAUUUGCCGGACGGUGCUAUUCGGUCUUUUGUUAGAAUGGAUGAGUUUGGAAUCAAGCCUAGUAUUAUUGAUUUUGAUUUGCUUUUGUUCACUUUAUGCAAAAAGAAACAUGUCAAGCAGGCUCAACAAUUUUUUGAUCAGAAUAAAAGCCGUUUCUCAUUGACUGCUAAAACUUACAGCAUUCUGAUUUCUGGAUGGGGUAAGAUUGGUGAUUCGGGGAAGGCCCGCGAGCUGUUUAAAGCAAUGCUUGAGCAAGGAUGUGAUGUGGAUUUGCUUGCUUAUAAUAAUAUGUUAGAGGCCCUUUGCAAAGGAGGCCGUGUGGAUGAAGCUAUGGAUUUUUUUAACGACGUGUUGUCAAAGAAUGUUGAGCCAGAUGCGUUUACUUACUCGAUAUUCAUUCGGUCGUACUGUGAUGCGGAUAAUGUGCAUUCGGCUUUUGGGGUUCUUGACAAAAUGAGAAGAUGUAACCUUUUUCCCAAUGUGUUUACAUACAACUAUCUUAUGAAGCGGCUUUGUAAGAAUAAAAAGUUGGAAGAAGCAUAUCAAUUGUUGGAUGAAAUGAUUUAUAGUGGAGUAAAACCCGACACUUGGAGUUAUAAUGCAAUACAAGCUUACCAUUGUGAUAAUUGUGAGGUCAAUAGGGCUCUAAAGUUGAUAUCUAGAAUGGAAAAUGAUGAUUGUCUUCCUGACCGCCAUACGUAUAACAUGGUGCUGAAAUUACUGAUUAGGAUAGGAAGGUUUGACAAGGCAACUGAAGUUUGGGAAACCAUGGGGGACAGGAAGUUUUAUCCUUCUGUCUCGACAUACUCCGUCAUGAUUCAUGGUCUUUGUAAGAAGAAGGGAAAGCUAGAGGAGGCAUGUAAGUACUUUGAGAUGAUGGUUGAUGAAGGAAUACCGCCUUAUGUUACUACCAUUGAAAUGCUAAGGAAUCGGCUCUUGGGCUUAGGGCUUUUGGAUAACAUUGAAAUUCUUGCUAAUAAGAUGAGACAGAGUACAUCAUGUUCAAUUCAAGAAUCGGCAAAUAUAAUGAUUGGCGCUAGAACUGCUCGAAAAACUUCAAGACAUGAUGAGUCCGACAUAGAAAGUGAUUGA